CUGGUUCCUAUAAUAAUGGGACAGGAACAGUCCAAAAGUAUGGGACAGGAACAGUCUGCUGAGAAACAGGCCAAGGAGUUAUGGUUUGCUGCUGGGAAUGGUAAUGUCAGUAAAUUGAAGUCCCUGCUGGCAUGUGGGGCCAACCCUAACCACCCCAAGUAUUAUCGAUUAUGCAACUAUCCAUUACACAUUGCUUGUGGGAAUGGUCACCUGGAGAUAGUGAAGGCACUUGUUGAGGCUGGAGCAGACACUGAGAGAAGGGAUUCUUCCGGCAUCUCUCCAGUUCAUUAUGCAGCCAUGUGUUAUAAGAAGGUGUUGGUUUACUUGAUCAGGGAUUGCAAGUGCAGCGCUGAUGCCAGGGACGAGGACAACAAUACUCCACUCCACUAUGCAUGCUGUGGUGGUAACCUAGAUGUGGUGCAGUACUUGGUGGAGGAGGCCCACUGUGACAUCAAUGUACGUAACAACAACAACAAGACUGUACUUCAUACAGCCUGCCGUCCCUACCUACGUAUAAUUCGUGCGACAUCGCCUUCCCGUCAGCUUGCAGUGGUGAAGUACUUGGUUGAGAAGGCUAACUGUGACAUCAAUGCUACCGAUAAUGAAGGCAAAACACCCCUUGACAUAGUUAAAGGGAGGAGUCGUUACGAGGACAUUGUUGACUACCUCAAGACUCGACAAGAAUCAUUUAGACAACCAGGAAAAGAUGGUGUUGGGAGUCAAACAGCUGUUCCACUCACACAAGACGAGGCUGAUGCUCUGCAGAAGCUUCUCGAGGGAGCACAAGUCACCAUUGGUCAUCCCAUUGUUGCUGGCACAACCACUCUGGAGGAUGUUCAGCAGCUGCUUACUCAGAGAGGACUGGAGAUUAUGGCCGACGACCUCAGGACAAGACUCAGACUAAUUAUGACUGAGCAACGAAGAAACCUCGAGAUACUCAACAAUCUAAUGACAGAUGAAGACACUAUCGAUGUUUGCUACCCAAGGCUAUUUCUUGUUGGGCCGCCAUCUGUUGGCAAGACGACCACACUCAACCGACUGCUGGGGGAGUUUGAGAACAUUGACUCUGCUGGAGACAAAGCCAAGCUUAGAAGCACACUGCUUGCUAACUGCAAACAAAUACUUGCCUUCGUUAAUGAAAACACAGCAAAAUGGUUGUCAUCCAAAGAUGUUGACGAGGAAACAAAGCUCUUGUUUGGCUACUUGCGUGAAUCUAAGUCUGAAACCACUCCUAACAAAAAGAUAAGCAUCGCAACCUCAACCGAUUCUCCUGUAUUAAUACGCAAACAAAGAACUCGAUCUAAAAAUGCGACAAAACAAGAAAGCAGAUCACCACUACACCAAGCCACAGCUGCUCAGCGUACGACAAUGAGUCAUCCAAGAAGCAAACUAUUACCAAUAAAAUCAGAAUUACAACAGCUAAUAAGGAAUGCAGACUAUUCCAAAAUGGCUGAUUUCCUUGGCGAUAUUUUACUGAACAUUCACGACAUCGGAGGUCAGCCAGGCUUUUUGGAAAUGCUACCAGCCCUGAGCACUGGUCCGGCCAUGUAUCUAGUGUUCUUAGAUCUCAGUAAGGAACUUGACAAGCUGUACAAAAUACCUUUCAGUCGAGAUGGUAUGGAAAUUAUUCCCUUCAAUUCUGUUCACACUACAGAAGCCACAAUCUCUCAAAUCCUCACCUCUAUUGCCAGUGUCCAUUGCAUCUCAAGAGAUCCCACUCCUCUUAUUGAUGUUGGCAGAGCUAGUGAUGCUCUUAAAGAAAGAAUUAAAACAUUUAAACAAGUUAAACCGGUAGCAGCCUUGAUAGGCACACACAAAGACAAGCUGACCGACCCCGAGAGACAAAUCAGCGAGAAAAAUGAGGCACUUAAAAAAGUUAUCCAAAAAUUCCCCGAAAUUAUUAUUUCUCCAGGAUCAGAACAGCAGAAUAUUGAGCACAGCGAACCUCUAGACGGAGCCCGUACACAAUCAGGUUCAAAAUCUUGUUUCUUCUCAGUUGAUAACCUCAAUGGAACUGAAGUGUCUGACAUCGGCCCCGUUCGUAAUUUCUUAAGUCGAAUAAUUUUGUCUCGUUUCAAAAAUGCUUCUCUUCCAAUUCGACCGAAAUGGCUUAUUUUUGGGUUGCUUCUUCGAAAACAAUUUCAAAUAGCUACAAUUGAAGAUUGCUUUGAAUUAGGAGAAAUGCUAGAAAUGCAGAAAGAAGAAGUAAAAGUGUGUCUCUGGUAUCUUCACAACUGUGUUGGUACGAUCCUCCAUUACACCAACGUACCUGGUGAUGACGGUUGGCUCAAGGGUCACGUGAUCUGCACUCUUCAAGCUAUCUUUGAUAGCAUCAGCCAGUUUAUUCUCCUUUCUAUGCGAACGCUUCACUCAGGAGGUCCAGUUACCGACUACGAGCAGGCCGAGUUGGUUAAGAAGGGACAGUUUUCGAUCAAAUCCAUUGAAAUGUGUUGCAGAAACGUGGAAAUGUCUGAACUUAUUCCCGCAAAGCAUCUCAUUAAGUUAUUGGAGCACGUCAAACUUCUGUCCCCGAUAUCUCAUAAGGAUAAAUCAUCAGCGGAAGUUGUUCGCACUACCUACUUAAUGCCGGCUGUUUUGGAGUGUGCUUCACAAGAGGAGCUGGCGAACCCACCUCCACCAGACACCAACAACCCAGAACCACUCCACAUCACAUUCAGCUUUGGUUACGUACCAACAGGAGUCUUCUGUGGGCUCAUCACUCGACUAGUUUCCCAAGGCCCCCAUAAAAUCCUCGGAUUGACGUGGAAGUUGGUGGAAGACAGUGUCAAGAGAAACUGCAUCUCUUUCUAUGUAGAUGGUAUUCACAAGGUGACUCUGCUCUCGCACGAAAAGAGCUACGAAAUUCUAGUUUCCCGUGAGGAUCCAGAAUCUUCUCUGCACGACCUUUGCGCUCAUGCACUCUCUGUCGUUCUGUAUUUCCUCAAAACCUUGUAUGAGAAUUUGGUUCCAUUAAUCGCAUUCCAGUGUCCCUGUUCCAAUCACAAAACCAAACGAGACGUCACUAAUUUAUGUACUAUUUCCGAUGGUUCAAAAGUUCGAUUUCUUUGUAACGAUUCUAUGAAGCUCGUUAAAUUAAAACCGGAACAACGGAUCUGGCUUGGAAAGACCAAGAAGGUUGGUGAGGAAGCUGAACUAAAGGUGCUAAAGUUAGCUGAGGAUGGUUUUUUCUUCCACUGGACCAAAGAGGGCUCCAGACGUCAGAUCAAGACCACUGAUGAUCGGCCCAACACUCUGAGCUUCCCGAAUGUGAGAGAGGAGGACUUUGGUCACUACCAGUGUGAGGUGAAGGAUGCAGCUGCUGGGAAAGUGCUCCUCACUCUCUACACAGCUCUCUACAAAGAGGAGACAAGGUCACCAUUUAAGAUUACGACUCAACCCAACGAUAUUUGCUGUAAACCUGGGGAGCAAGCUAAACUAACGAUAUGGACAUCACCAUCUGCUACUACAUAUCAGUGGUAUUUUAGAAAUCAAGCAAUAUCAAAUCCUGACUACAAAGGACAAACAUCUGAAUGCCUCCUCAUAUCAAAGUUCCUUCCUAAGCAUAAAGGUGUUUACUGGUGUGUUGCUGAAGAUGGAUCAGGCACACGGACCACCUCACGUCAUGCAAUACUCACUGCAGAGGGAGAGAAUAUUGAAAAGCAAGAACUACAAUUCAUAGGGAAAAUGUUGGAAAAAUCUGCAAUUGACUUUGGCAACUACGGGAUUGAGAAGGAGCACCUACUCAAUGGUGAGAGUGAUGUGACUUAUGAAGAGAUGGAGUUUGUAAUGAAAUUGAAUCCAAGUACACAAGUCCUGUCCAUCAACCUAAAGCAGGAAAUCACAUCAAGACUGAAAGAGGAGCAACUCUAUGCCAAAGCCAUAAAAGAGAAGGUCUCCCUUACCUACACCAAAAUCCUUGCACUGGGCCCAGGCCAGGUUGGAAAGUCUACUUUUGUUCGCAGAUUGUUGGGAAUAAUGAAAGGAAACAUCCAAACAUCUCUUCCAGAAACACAGCCUCAAUCUAGCACCGGUAUUUCAGAGUCGAGAGAAGCUUGUAUACAGUAUACAAGAGUAACUUGUGCUGUUACUAAGGAAAGAAAGUGGGGUGCUUUACAACAUGAGCUACACGAUCAACUAAGUGGCCUAAUGUCACUAAUAGUGAAGCAGUCUCAGCAAAGCCCACAACAUGAAACUACUCAAUCAUCUAAAAAUAAUUGGCAAAUAGCCAGCAAGAUUGAAACUGUAGCUAAAGAAUCACUGGUUCAAGUGAUUAAAGACAAGAAACAUGAUCUAGUAUUAUCCCCUGGUAAUGAAGGUGCUGGAAUUCAAACCUUGGAAUCAUUGCCAGUUACUACUACUCCGCAAGAGCCAAUUGCUGGCAGACAAAUUCAAAAAUUGUUGCCAGUUACUAUUCAAGAGCCAAUUGCUACCAGACAAAGUGCAUUGAUGCCUAGGGAAUCAGAUAUUGAUAAAACAAUUAGAGAAUUCAAAGAACUAAAACAUGAAUCCAGUCAUAGACUAGAUCCGGUGGAAUAUGAAAUGCUGUUUAAUAUAGUUGACAUUGGUGGCCAACCAGCAUUUCUUGAAAUGCUACCAUCUUUAACUAUAGGGCCAGCUCUGUACCUUUUGUUUAUUAACCUUAAACAAGAUCUAAGUUCAAGAUACAGUGUGCCGUUCAAAUGUAAAGACUCAAAAACAAAUCUUUGUAAAGAUUACUCCUAUACUUCAGAAGAAGUAUUAUUUUCGGCACUUUCAAGCAUUGCUUGCUUUGGACACCCAGAUGAGCAAGUGGAAAAGUAUGUUCAGAAACCAGAAUCAGGUGAUAAGGAACGGAAAAAUUCUCUUGCAUUACUUGUGGGAACUUUUCUUGAUAAAGUUAAAAAUAAAGAAAUAGAAUUAACUAACCAGCAGCUGAAUGAACGACUUAAAGGCACAGCAUUUUAUACAGAAGGGCUCGUUCACAGCAAAAGCUUCAGCUUACUAGUGAACAAUAUGAGUGCAGACGAUAGUGAAAUAGAAGAUCACAGAAAAACACUAGAAACAAUACUUACCGAAAAGUUUCGAAAGUAUCAAAUUCCAACACAAUGGUUAAUGCUCAGCAUCUGUCUUAAGCUUCUUGCUAGAAACCAAAACAAGUAUCAUGUUUCCUUUAAUGAUUGCGUCAAGUUGGGGAAGUAUUUGGAAAUGGACGAAGAGAUGGUGAGUGUUGCCUUGCAGUUUCUCCACAAAUACAUUGGGCUUGUUAUGUAUUUUCCUCGGCAUGAAAACCUGAAAAAAAUCGUAAUAUGUAAUCCCCAAGUAGUAUUUUCAACUAUCAGUGAACUAAUCUUUAAUGUUUACGAUCACAACAAGAAUCAAGUUAGCGAGGCACAGUAUGACCGCUUUGUGGAAACUGGAUGCUUUUCACCCCAAGAUAUCAUGCUAACACAUGUGAAAAAAGAUAAGAAGCUUCUUUCUAUUACCACUUUAGUUGAUCUACUAGCGUACUUAAGCAUAGCUGCUAAAGUUCCCGUAUCUUCUGGUAAGGACGAGGUGUUGUAUUUUCUGCCUGCGGUUCUUCAAACUGCUGAAACAGAUUCUAUUAAAAGAAAGCAAAAAGGAGGAAAUGACGAAUUGCUUCCAGAACCAAUCUGCAUUCGAUUCAAAACAGGAUAUAUACCUUUAGGAUUUAUCUGUGCUUUAAUUGCAAAUCUUACCGCUGAAAAAAAAUUCGAUCUACUUUUUGAUGAAAGCAACAAGAUCUACAAGAAUAUGAUUCAAUUUAGAUUCCAAGGUAUAAUCAAUGUCACUAUAAUUUCUUUGCCAAGAUAUUGUGAGUUCCGUGUCACUAGGCAGCUCACAAAUGAUGAUGUCAUUGAGUUUUGGAGUGAGGAUGGUUGUCCUCUUAUCAUGGAAACUAUACGUACAGUUGCCAAUAAAGUUAAUCAAUCUUUGCAGCAUGGCUUGCGUUCAGUGAAAAAUGAUUCUGAAAUAUAUGAUUUUGCUUUCCAUGCGCAUUGCCAAAGGAAUUCCGAUGCUGACUUCGGACAGGAAUGUCUUGCUAAACUUAACUAUAAUGAUUCCUAUCAAGAGAUUGACUCAGACAAAAAUAUUCCGGAUAAGGUUAUAUGCACAAAAUGUAAAACUGCUAUUCCACUAACUCCCGAAAUGAUGGUAUGGUUUGGUAAGGUUCCAAGCACUCCUCUAAGAAUUUGCGAGCAACCUGCUCGAAAAGGAAAUCACAUAAGUAUACGUGCUGAUGGAGUACGACCACUAACAUAUGAAUGGCUUGUAGGUGGAAUAAAGCGCUGUGAUGGUGACAACCACGACUAUGACGGCUAUACAACAGACAGUCUUAUCAUUAUGGAUACCGAUUUACUGUCGGAAGGUCUUUUUAAAUGCCAAGUAAAAGACAGAUUUGGCAUCUGUGUUGAAUCUGAUGAGCUUGAUCUCUUUGAAGAUCAGCUCAGAAGAACUUGGAAAUUAAAAAAAUCAGAAAUCAAAAAAUUAAUGAAAAAAGGAUUUACAAGUAUCAGAGAACUGAAACGUCUCCAGCUUGACACGCUGGACUUUAACGAGGGUGAGAAGGAAAGGAUGAGACCACUCCUCGCUUCUCUUCAGACAAACAAAUCUGACAGUUCUUCAGCUUCAGGUAAAUUAUCUGCUGGAACAAGUAAAGAGUUAAAAUGCAAUAGUACCGAAUUCAUUGUGAAGACGCCAUCAUUAGAUGAGGGGUCCCUGUCAUCAGAAAGGCUUCAACACUCAGCAGCUCCAGUCCAGAGAGUUGGAACUACAAUAUCAUCAUUAGCAGGUGAAUUACGUACUACAAGGAGGAAGCGUAAAAACAUCGAAUCCAUUGUGAAGACACCAUCAUCAGAUGAGUCAACGAAAAGGCGCAAGAGCACGGCUUCAGCUAGUGACAAAGUCAUUACUACUCAAGGAGGUGAAUUACGUACUACAAGGAGGAAGCGUAAAAACACCGAAUCCAUUGUGAAGACACCAUCAUCAGAUGAGUCAACGAAAAGGCGCAAGAUCACGGCUUCAGCUAGUGACAAAGUCAUUACUACUCAAGGAGGAUCACCUGCUAAUCGAGUCUCUCUCCAAGAACUAAUGAGGCAAUACAGUCUGACUGACAAGCAGCUCAACCGUGAAAUAAUUAACUCUGAAUUUUCCUACCUGGCCAAAUAUUUCGAUGAUGUAGAAAUUUAUUCGAAUGCCAUGGAACUAGAUCCUGCCGAACAAGCCGAUGUGAAGAGGUUGCACCAUAGCGAAGGUUCUCAAGCAGCCAUGAUGAAAUGUUUGAAAACCUGGAAACAACAUAAUUCUUCACGAGCAACUUACAGAGCUCUACUGGAUAUCGUACUAAGCUUGGGGAAAGGAGACACAGCUGAUCGUAUUUGUCGACAAUUGACCCAACGUAUAAGUACAUGUGUAUCAGUGCCCGCCCCUCCCCCUUUUCCUCUCCCCUCAGCAGCUCCAGUCCAGAGAGUAGAAACUACACCAGCUAGUGAAGACAGUCAAGUCCGUACUAGAAUAUUAGGACCACCUGCUAAUCGAGUCACUCUUCAAGAACUAAUGAGGCGAUACAAUCUGACUGACGAGCAACUCAACCGUGAAAUAGUGGACUCCGAUACUCCCGUAAUGGCCUUAAAUUUUGAUGAUGUGGAAAUGUAUUCAACUGCAAUGGGGCUAGCUAUUGCUGAACAAGCCGAUGUGAAAGAAUCACGUGGAAAUCAAGCAGCCAUGAUGAAGUGCCUGCAAGUCUGGAAAGAACGUGAUCCUUUUCAAGCAACUUACAGAGCUUUGCUGGAUAUUGCACUGAGUUUAGGGAAAGGAGAAACAGCUGAUAAAAUCUGUCAGCAAUUGACCCAACAUCAUACACUGGACUGAUGAAGUGAUUACACAUGCAGAGUGUCGGAUUGUACAAACACUGAUUAUGAUAGAUAGUUUAUUGACAUGUAAUAUAAUUGUGUGCUUCAUUUUUAUAGUUGACUGUUAUAUAGCUCUCCAUUUUUAGUACUUGAUACACCAAUUUUUCCAGAGAU